GCAUCUGGAGCUGCUCCCUGGUGCCAGCCUGGGGUACUUUCACCAGCCUGUGCCCCUCCAGAACGUGCAGCAUGGAAAUGUCUCUGUGGGAGCAGCAGGGGUUGCCGCUCUCUCCAGGUGGUCUCAGUGCAGAGGUGUCAGGGACAGAUUGUUCAGUAUCAGCCCCAUGACCUAUGCAGAACAGUGAGGCAUUGGGACCCAGUCUUUCUGCCAGACUUUUAUCUCCAAAGUUGAAGGUUUCACCAGUGCCAGGUGCUCAGUUCCCACACUGUUGGGAGAACCACGCCUGACCAAGAAACCACUGACGUGUCACCUUUCCAGGCAGAGUCCAAAGCAGAGCCCAAGGCAAGGAGAGGAGACGUCAGGACAAUGGCCAUUUCUGCCUUGUGGUGUCUCUUUUUUUCCCUGCUCACUUGGGGCUGCCCAUCAGGGUGUGCCGAGGAGAGCCCUGCGCCCCACGACGUCACUGGAGACGCAAAGAAACCUGUACUUUUGAGAGAUAUUGCAGCCACAACAGCCUUCAUCAGUGCUGCUGAGGUGGCCGUCAUUGGAUUCUUCCAGGAAUUAGAGAGGCCAGAAGUUUCGAACUUCCACAUUGUUGUAGGAAAAAUCCAGGAGGUGCCGUUUGGACUCAGUACCAACCCUGAGGUCCUGUCUCAUUAUAACAUCACGAGCAAUACCAUCUCCAUCUUUCGUGUGGUGGACGACAAACGUCAAGAUUUGGAACUCACCGAUGGCAAAAAAAUUGAUGCCGCCAAGAUGAGCCGUUUCAUUCAGAUCAAUGAGCUGCGAAUGGUGACAGAGUACAACCCUGUGACGGCAAUAGGUCUGUUCAACAGUACAGUCCAGACCCACCUCCUCCUCUUCACAGACAAGACCUCCCAGGAGCAUACGGAGCGAGUGCGCAGGUACCGGGAGGCAGCGGAACUCUUCCGAGGAAAGAUUCUUUUUGUCCUGGUGGACAGCAAUGUGAAGGGCAAUGAGCGUGUGAUGUCAUUCUUCAACCUGAAGAAGUCCCAGUUGCCAGCUCUGGCUAUAUUCCACACGCCAGAUGAGCAGCAGGAUGUGCUGCCCCUGGGUGAGGUCACAGUGGAGCGUGUGCAAGACUUCUGCAGUGGCUUCUUAAAGAGAAAGCAAAGGAAAGAAGAUCCCAGCCCAGAGGAGAAGACGGAGCUCUGACUCCCAUCUCAACCACUGGAUAAAACACUGUGCCUCUUUGCAGUGUUACCUGCACUCCCU